UAAACAAAUUCCAUACAGGAUCAUCAGUUUCCUAUUUUAAUAACUGUUUGUUAUUGUUAAAAGUUGGCUUGUGUAGUUUUCUCCUUCCAUCAGCAUAUUUCAGUUUCCGCACGAAUUUAGCCGACAGUUUAUAAAUUUCAGUUUCAAUUGUUUAUUUUUACAACAUUGCUUCAGUUUCAAAUGAAUCAUAGAACACUAAAAUAGAGCCAGUAUCCGUUGAUUUAUAAGAAUCAGUUGACAACAACAAUUGCUGACUUGAAAAAAGUCAUGAACCGAAGGCCUUCGCCAGAGAUGGAUUUUGAAGAUAACACGUUCAGAGGUGAGAAACCUAUGGUAAUAUAAAGCCUUUUAUUCUGUGAAUUUGCCGAUUUUGAAGCUGAGUUCCUUGAGAUAUUCUUUUUCAAUUUUUUAAUCUAAAUGACCGUUUUCCUUGGACAAGAAAUUUAUUUUCAGUUCAACUUUUAACCAGGAGAAAAACGUACGUUAAGGCCUAUGUACUCGGACUGAUUUCCCUCAGAAAGAAAUAUAAUUAUCCAUGAACACUUCACGUGAUAUGACACAUAUCUCCACAUUAUUGAAGCGAAUAAGACAUGAUCAAAUCCACCUGACAAACGUAGAGUAAAGUUCUUAGAAAAUAAUAACGAUAAAACGUCUGCAGCUCACAUUGCAAUCGAAUGCUAAACGAUAAGGCCUGGUGUGAACCUAAAAUACCAAUGAAGAUUUGUGUUCCCUUAUUAGAACCAGUUGAUAUAGCGCAGAAUUGAACGGAGAUAGACGCCAGUACAUGAUGAAUCCGAGUGAUUCACAAGAAAUCGACUCUGCCAGCAAUGACACACUGAGAGAACCAGUUGACACGGCACAGGAACAAAGUUCUUCCCAAAAUAUGGAUUUAGCUGACAACGACACAUUAACACAAACAGCGAAAGUUUACAAAGAGUUAGGAGACGCUGAGUUAGCCAAAGAAGAAUUCCAAAAUGCCUUAAGUUUCUACACUGAAGGGAUUAAUGUAAAGUGUAAAGAUGACCAACUGAACAUCGAGCUUUACCGAUGUAGGUGGCUAUCAAAUUGUCAUCUAGGUAAUGUUCAUGAAGCAUUUGAGGAUCUGAACCGUUUACAAGAAAUCACAGGAACAGUUGACACAACAAAUAAUGAAGCGACAUUGAUACCAAAAAUGGAAUCUGACGAUGAUACUCUGAGAGAAACAGCACAAGUUUACAAAGAGCUAGGAGAAGUCGAGUACGACAAAGGAGAAUUCCAAAAUGCGUUAAGUUUGUUCACUCAAGUCAUUGAUGUCAAGUGCAAAGAUGAUCAACUGAACGCCCAGCUUUACUUCGCUAGGUCAAACACGCAUUCUGCUUUGGGUGAGUCGGUUAUUUGUUGUCCACUUUAACUUAGCGAAUUAAAAUAAUUUAAAAGUUCAGAAUGUAAAUCGUCCAUAUUGAUUACCGUACAUUUGUUUCGUGUUUACUUCUGAGAAUUUUAUCAUACAACAUUUGAUGAUCUUCGUUCUUCCCAUCACCUGUCUUCUUGAUUAAGUAUCAAUAUUAUGA